AUGUCCUCCCUCGAGGCCAAGAUCGUCGUCCUCGGCUCCCAAGGCGUGGGCAAGACUUCGCUAGUAACGCGGUAUUGCAAGGGCGCCUUCAAUCCCGCCCAAAAUACUUCGACCGUCGGCGCUAGUUUUAUGACCAAGAGGGUCGUAGACGGUGACACUGAUACUGUCGUCCGCUUACAGAUAUGGGAUACAGCCGGACAGGAACGAUUCCGCUCGAUAUCGCGACUCUAUUAUCGUGGAGCUAACGCCUGCAUCCUCUGCUAUAGCAUCACCGACGCACAGUCCUUCGCCGAAAUGGGUGUGUGGCUAACAGAAUUACGCCGUAACUUACCACCUGAUAUCGUCCUCCACGUCGUGGGAACUAAAGCCGACAUCGUCGCCCGCGACCCCACCCGUCGCGAAGUACCGUUCGAACGGUGCAUAGCCUACGUCGCCGAGAAUCUUACACCGGGUCUCGGCUCGACACCUCCACCGACCGCGACGCAAUCAGGCCUCACGACCUUACCACCAGGACCAGGCGUCAGCCAGUCGAGCGUGGUAGUCACCCCCGCCGCAUCGACCGCGCAGGAACCCCGUAGCCCGAGUAGCAAGCGCAGCAGCGGGUUCUGGGGCCAGGAAGUCGGCUGGGACGCGUGCCACGAGAUCAGCGCCGAGAGCGGCGAGGGCGUAGAGGAGGUAUUCCGGGUCGUCACGCGCAAGCUCGUCGAGCAGAACCGCAAGAUGCAGCAGGCCAUCCUAGCGGCCACCGCAACACCCGGUACCCCCGGAUACGAGAGCGGUACGGAUGCGGGAUACUUCGAGGGCGCGAAUCCUCGCGGCAGCUUCCGGGUCGGCAAAGAUCGUCGGAGCUGGCUGUUCUCUUCCCCGGGCUUCUCGCCGGCUGUUACGGUGGAGAACCCGAAUGCGGGAGGCGGAGAGCAGCAGCGACAAGGCGAGGAACAGGGACGGAGGGGGAGAAAGUGUUGCUAA